UAUGUAUGACCAAGCAAGUGGAAGAAAUGUCGGAAAUAAACCUCCAAAUACCGCAGAGCUGCAGACAAAGAUAAGCCUGCCAACUGUCACCUCAUUGUGGACAAUUUACGGUGAGUGUGUGAGUAGAGAGCUAGCUGUUGAUGACUAGCUAUAAAGAUUGGGCGGACGGCAGGUGACGGAUCCAAGCGGAGGCUGGGAAACAAAGGAGGCAGGCAAGAAGGGAGGAGUAAAUGAGAGAGAGGGAGCGAGCAGUAGAAAAAGCUGCAGCCAGGACCAUGAGCUGCACCCUUGUGACUGCAUCUUAUGAUUCGCUGCCUGCUCAGCUGAGUCCCCAUCGUGCAAAAGAUCAACACUUUGCUCGGAGGCUUUCAUCUCCACACGGUUUGGGACAACGCACCUCAUCAGCCGUGCCUCGUCGUCCUUCAGGUCUGCCGGGAUAUCCGCUUUCUUCCUUCCAGGAACCAAACAACCUCCGCAACCUUCUACAUUAUCAUCCUCAUCAGCGUCUCUCCCAGUCACUAGGUUCCAAAGCCUCACUGGCGCCCCCUGUGCCUCAGGCAGACCCUGCCCCACCAUGCUGCCAAGCGGUGGGCAUUGUGCCACUACUACGCCUGGCACUACUCAUCUUCAGCUGCCUCUUCUGGGCUGCUGGGUUGGCUAUCUUCACCCUAGGAGUCUGGGCAAAAGCGUCCCUGGCUGACUACAUGCUGCUUUCAUCUAACCACUAUCCCAAUGCUCCACUGAUACUUCUAGCUACAGGGGCUGCCAUUAGCUCCUGGGGUUUCCUGGGUUGUCUGGGUGUGGCAGCAAACUUGCCCUGCCUUCUUCGCAUCUUUGGCUUCUUCCAGAUGGCUGUGCUGUUGGGGGGAUUGGCUGCUGGACUUUCAGGACUCUUCUACAGAGAAGACAUCGCUGGAGGUUUCCGCAGCGGGCUACAGAGGGCAGUGGAGGGCUACGGGGAAGACGAAGGGCGUUCUGAUGCUCUGGACAGCCUUCAGAGGGCGCUGAAGUGUUGCGGGGCAGAGAGCUGGCAUGACUGGCUCCUGUCUGACUGGGCUAUACUAGAUGCUGUUUCACUGACAAGUAGCUCAGACAAUGACACGCAUUAUGUGUCUGUACCGGACAGCUGUUGCAUACGGCGCAAAGGCUGUCAUAACAGGCCGCUGCCUGAAAUAAAACCUGGUAGCCCUAAACUUGUGGGGAUUCACGCAAACGGUUGCUUCAAGAAAGUCUUUAAUUUUGUCAAUGAUAAUGUCUUUCACAUCGCUGCUGCUGUCCUAGCCCUUGCUUUUACCCAGGUGGCAGGUAUAAUUCUGGCAUGCCUGCUUGCCAACCGCCUAUCUACUCAGCUUCAUAGGCGAGGCCGCUAAGAAAUUCCAGGUCAGUAUCAGUUAUUCUAUGAAAAGCCCUGUUUAGAUGAACUUAGACUGUAGAUAAAACUUAGUUUUAAAUCAAAAGGAUUUUUUUCAGUAAAGAAUGAUCAAUAAUAGUUCUCCACCAGCACUUUUCCAACAGUGUGGUUCACUAUGGAUCAUCUAAACCCAGGGCUGUCCAUAAACUGGCCUGUUCUUCUCCAUCUCAUUACCUGGAAAAGUAGGUAAAAGCAAAAGGAUGUUCAGCUCUAUUGCCAUAUCUGAUAUAGGAAUCAAACCAAGUGAAUAUAAAAAACAUUUGGAAUUUGUCAUAGAAGAUGUAAAAGUAAUGUUAAAUAAAAAUAAUAGUAACGAGUAAAAAAAAUAAAAUAAAUAAAAACAAAUCUGAGACACUGAAAUGCUGUGAUGUUGCCAGAGGUUUUAAAUAAGCAUGAACAUUUUGCUAAACUUUCACUACUAGCUUUUUAAUGCCACGAGAAGUACGUUCAAUUACAAACUCAAAAAAUGUAAAUAAUCUUUUCAGAAUUUUGGCCAGUAGAUGGUUAAAUUUGUUUUAAGCUCUAUUCCAAUGUCCCAGCUUAGGCUGCAUGGCACCUGGACAAAUCCGGGUAACAAAUUUCAGCAUGGGUAUUUAAGAACAAAACGGCUUGCAUGGCAAUGAAUAUAGCAACAGUAUGGAAUAAUAGUAGGUAAUCUGGCAAAUCAGGUAGAAAGGUGCUAUAACAUUAUACAUUAAACCAGAGUAAGGUUAAGUGGUGCCCAAUAAGUGUGCAAAGACUGACAUAAAGAUACUAAAAGGUACAAACUUUCACUAUCUACACAAACAAUCGGUUCUGAUACCCACUGUUAUCUAGUUAUCUAAACCCAAACUGUUGUCAAAUAGAUACAUUUUGAGAAGAAUUAUAAAUCAACAUGUCAAGUUAUGCCAUGCAAUUCUGAAGAUUUCCAUGCAAUUAUAAUUUGUGGAUUUUGAACCGUGUGUAUUAUAAACACUCCUCCUGUGUAGUCCUCAUAUGUACUCUCAGUUGUCUUUCUGGAUUAAUGUAAGCAGACCUGUAAUGUAUAUAAAAGCUGUCUCUUGUGUAAUAUCUGCAAAACCACUCAUAGAUAAUAUUGACUAUUCCUAAUUAAAGGGGGGUGGGGUUUUAAAGAAUUAUGGAUUUUAACAUAUUAGAAGAUUUAUAUGUAUAUUUAUUCAUUGUUGAGUGAAAAUUGGCAACAUAAUAUACUCUGCUUUGACUUGUAGUUUUCAUUAUAUACAGCUAGAGCUGAAAAUCACUUAUAUAGCCUUAAGCCGUUGUCUAAGUCAUUAUCAAUACUCACAAAUUUUACUAAUGAUGCUAAUGAUUCUUCUUAGUUUGAGUGCAUUUGUGGUGAGCUAAAUCUUCAGGAGCAGGUCCUCAAGUUCUCAUAUAUAAUUAAAAAAAAUAUCAUUUCUCUACUUAUCAAUUUUCUAUUGAUACAAUACAAUGACACCAACUAUUUCUCUAAGCCCAGAUUAAACACAGUGUGGUAGAUGAUGUCCUGCUGGAUUUCAUUUCCUAAGCGACUGUUCUGGUUGACAAUGGAGAAGAUACGAUCUGUGGAUGUGUUACAGCCAGUUAAUAUUCUAGGAGAGCAUUUCAGAGGACUAUUUCAUAUACUGUAUAUAAUAUAUUGUAGUUAAUGAAUAAGAAAUGAGUGCUUUCAUGUGUUUGGCCAACUAUG